UAGUUUUUUCUGCUUCGAUCCAUUAUAAGUGACGUAAGUGGAAAUAAGUGGUACAUUUGUUUAUGUUGGAAAGUACUAUAAAAGGGCCCUUGUAUUCUUCAGAAGUCAGUCAGUAAUUAGAUUUUGUUAAAUAUCGUCCAAGAUGUCUCGCCUGGGGAUGUUCGUCUGCUUGCUGGUGUUGGUGGCGCUGGCCGCUUGCGCAGAGAUGCCCCCCAAUAUGAAGGCCCCCGAGCCCCCCAAGGAUAGCAUCCGCCAUGACGCCCAAGCUCCCCCCCCUCGCCCAGAUGGCCACCCCGACACAUCCCGUACUGACGGCAGACUAGACUUACCCAAGGAAAUACCCAAGCCAGAUGCCAAGUCAACCCAAGAUGGAAAAAGUUAAAUAAUAUUGUAAACCAUUUUAGACCAAAGCACACCGAUUUCUCUUACUUUUUGUAUUGCAAACGUAUCUAUGUAUGUACUUAGUUUUACUUUGUAGAGCAUUAUAAUUUAGCUGCAGCUAUUUCA